AGGUAUUAGAGAUGUCUUCGUUGACUGUGAAACCAUGGUCAAAUUUGGAACAUCUGACAUUGUUCCAGUUCUACAAAGCAGAUUCGAAAGAAAAUUGGCAUGUUCGAGCAGCAGAAGAAAUGGACGCUACACGACGGCAAAGAGUAGAAGGUCGCCCCAAAGGAUUUUUUACGCCUGAAAUGUGUAAAGCUGAGUUUGAACGUAUAAUGUCUGAACCUUGCCCAUCUGAUGUACCGACAGGGGCAGAAUAUAGUCGGAUGGCGGUAGUUGAAGCAUGGCUAGCGCAUUUUUGGGAAGAGGACAAGAAAGAUGCCGAGCAAUACGAGGAAUUGCAAAAUGUCAAAAUACGCUACUGGAUGGAACGAAUAGCCAAUUUACAAGCGAUGCGCGAUACGCUCACUGAUGAGCAAUACGAGAAAAUGCACGAUGAUGUUGUCAGAGAGGAUGAGGCGAUUGAAUACGACGAAGAUGAGAAGGAAUUUCGAGAACUGUAUGCUACCAUAUGUAUAGAUUACUUGAAGAAGGCUGAUCAAAAUAGGGGCGAUGUGUCAACUUCGCGCAUGACCGGGCGGCUGCCUCCGACAAGACCUCCAGAUCAGUCACCGCUGGGUCCGAAGACAGCGUUUAGAUCGCCUUCGCCUGGGAGCUCACCGCUCAAAUCACCUGGACAGUCUACUGUGGAUUCUGAAGAGCACCAGACUACAGCGAAAGCUGAGGAAGAUCAGCCUGAACCUAUGGAAGUCGAUGAGAUGAAGGCUGGUGAUGAAGGCCUUGAUCCCAAGGAUAAGGAUUAUCAUUCAAGACGACGUGGAAGGCCACCAAAGAAGAAUUCCGGCCAGUUUGUCAGAGAUUCGUCCACACCAAUACGGGAUGCAUCCCCUGCUACCUCUAUUGACGAGCCGAAAACGGCACCAACUCGUACUGAGACCCGUCGUAGCAGUGCUCGUAACGAACCUGAGAAGGCACAAAGCGCAACUGAAAAAGAGUCGUCUAUCCAUGUUGUGGAUAGCCCGGCAGGGCGUGUAAGAGGUGCUCGGCGUCCUGUAGCCGUUGAAUCUCCCUUGGUGACUAAGUCGAGUGCGCGUAGUAGUGCUGGAGCUGAUGUGAAGAGAGAGGAUGUCAGGGAGGAUGCGAAAAGAAGCCAAAGCCGAGAAAGUAGCGUGGCCCUUCCGUCCACAGAGGUCGUAGUAGAUGAAUUUGGCGGCUUUGGAGUGCAGACUGCGCUCUCUAUUCGAAUGCCACUAUGGUCCGAGAGCGACGCUUCAACGUCUCGCAAGUCUUCGCGAUCUGAUCGCAGAAGCGCAGCGAUAUCUACACCCUCAACAUCUACAACGCAGUCCUCUUCGUCGUCAUCUCGUUGUGACACCGAGGUGCAGACCGAAGCUGUAAGAAUCGAGUUGGAAGAUAAUGUUGUUGUUGGGUAUCCCUUGAGUGAUAUGCUCUUUGCACCUCCAUUAAAUUCGCAAGUACAUGUCACAGUAAAAGAGGAGAAGGAAGUGUUAAGAUCGGCUCACUGUACAAAUGAUCAGACCUCACGUAUCGUAUCGUGGGAUGAUGUACUAGAUGGAUCGUUCAAAAAAAAAUAUCCUUCAAAGAGGAUGGAGUCAGCGACAUCACUGGAAGAGCAAGUGCAUGUAUGGAAUGUCGUUGCAUGUGGCUUUAGUGAUCCGCAAGCUGUCCGAGACUUCGUACUGAAUCAUAGCCCAGGCGAGAUAGGAAGUUUGUCGUUGAUAGGGUCUCCACCAAAGCGAUUACGUAAAGAAGAGAAAACCUCUGGCUCGGCUCCAACUCCUAAGGGGCGGAUGCUUUCUAUGUGGAAUACACUUCAUGAGCACAGGCACUCAGCGAUCUUCCUACAUCCCGUGACAGACAGAGAUGCACCUGGUUAUAGUCGUGCUGUAUUCUGUCCUGUGGAUCUGACGACCCUGAAGCGGGAAACUGACUCGGGACUAAUUUCAGCUGUAGAUGCUUUUACGCUGAGAAUGUUGCUAAUGUUUGCAAAUGCCGCUAUGUUCAAUAGUACUGGCCAUGAUGUGAACUUCUAUGCGAAAGAAAUGUUCCAUGCGACUAUCGACGAAUGCAUGUACAUAAUGGAUCCACGGCUAGAUAGUUCGCGAGUACAUCUCCGGAGAAGUCGACCGGACGACCCAAGACGACGAUCAACUGUAACACCAUCUUCUAACUCAUCGUCUAGGACCCCACAAAGGAAGAAACAACAAUCUGUCUCAUAAGAACAUGCGGUUAUUCACAAAACAUAGAUUUGAUUUCUUCCUUUCUACUAUCCACUUCAUUAUCCCGGAACGGACCUCGUCGAAGCUUCUCGAUUCUUUGCUAUACCUUUUCUAGAAAGUCGAUCAGUAAUGCACUCUCUAGUUGAUAGUUGUCAUUGUUUGAACUGAAUUUUUGAUCAAAUAUAUUUCCUGAAAAAUUAUCACUUCUAGAAAUUUUGUUAAUUUGAUAAAAACUC